CACACAUCACUUUUCAACUUUCCUUUAUCACCACCACCACCAUCCAUUUUUUUUUCUCUUCCUUUAUCUCUUCUACUAUUUCCCAAAUCCAAACCCUAGAAAUUCAAUCUCUCAAAAUCACCCUAUAUUUUUUCACCAAAAUCUCGCUUUUUCUCGAUAAUCAUUCUCACCCGAUCCAAUUUUCCAUAGAUCGGGUUUAGAUAAUUAGAUUUAGAUUCCCAUUUUCAAGCUUCAACACAUUGUUGCUGAUUCUGAUUCAGUUCUCGUAUGGGUAAGAUUCUGAGAGAAACAUCGAGGCCUUCCUCAAAUUCAUCACCGGCAUCACCUUCUUCAGGUCCGGCAACAACUUCAUCGACAUCGAUAACCGAAACGGUUAAAGGUUCUCACAGGUUCAAGAUUUCGGGGUAUUCGUUAUCGAAAGGGAUUGGAAUUGGGAAGUACAUAGCAUCGGAGAUAUUUUCUGUUGGUGGUUACGAUUGGGCGAUUUAUUUCUAUCCUGAUGGGAAAAGUUUGGAGGAUAAUGCUACGUAUGUGUCGCUUUUCAUAGCGCUUGCAAGCGAAGGAACUGAUGUUAGGGCACUUUUUGAAUUGACACUUUUGGAUCAGAGUGGGAAAGAGAGGCAUAAGGUUCAUAGCCAUUUUGAGAGAACGUUGGAGAGUGGACCUUACACGUUGAAAUAUCGUGGUAGCAUGUGGGGAUACAAAAGAUUUUUCAAGAGAGUGUCACUAGAGACAUCAGAUUACCUUAAAGAUGACUGCCUUAGUGUUAAUUGUAGCGUUGGUGUCGUGAGGUCACACACAGAGGGCCCUAAAACAUUUUCAAUUGCAAUACCACCUUCUACUAUUGGUCACCAGUUCGGGAAGCUACUGGAAAGUGGAAAGGACAGUGAUGUGAGUUUUGAAGUGAAUGGUGAAAUUUUUGCAGCUCAUAAAUUGGUACUAGCUGCUCGAUCAGCUGUUUUUAGAGCUCAACUUUUUGGUCCUAUGAAAGAUAAGAAUACACAAUGUAUAAAAGUUGAAGACAUGGAGGCUCCAGUUUUCAAGGCAUUGCUUCAUGUUAUAUAUUGGGACUCACUGCCUGACAUGCAAGAGCUUACUGGGAUUAACUCAAAAUGGGCAACUACCUUGAUGGCUCAGCAUCUGCUAGCAGCAGCUGAUCGGUAUGGCUUAGAUAGACUUAGGCUGAUGUGUGAAGCAAGUUUAUGUGAAGAUGUUGCAAUAAACACUGUGGCUACAACUUUAGCUUUGGCAGAGCAGCAUCAUUGUUUCCAGCUGAAAGCAGUCUGUCUGAAAUUCAUUGCAAGGCCUGAAAAUCUCAGAGCUGUGAUGCAAACUGAUGGUUUCGAGUAUUUGAAGGAAAGUUGUCCAUCUGUUUUGACUGAGCUUUUGGAGUAUGUGGCCAGAUUUACUGAGCAUUCAGACUUCCUGUGCAAGCAUAGGAACGAAGCAAUACUUGAUGGCAGCGAUGUAAAUGGAAGGCGGGUGAAACAAAGAAUAUACUGUGAAAAAUGACCAGGUCUUCAUAGAACCCUGUUCCACUCACAUUCAAAGAUUACAGUGAGCCAUGGAUAGAGGGAGAUGACAAUCAUUUAUAGGAUUAGUGGCAAUUUUUAUUUGUCGUAGCUUAGUCCAUGUCUAGAUGUAAAUGUAAUGUGUUUGGUGGCUGUUUCAGGUUUGUCUUGGAUAGGUUUCUCACGUUCUCUAAUAUUUUGUUCUCUUGUAGUAACCUUGUCUGCAAAGAAAAGUAUUGAUGACUCCCA